GAGAGAGAGAGAGAGAGAGAGAGAGAGAGGAUUCUUGGCUUAGUCUCUCUCUUCAUCCCUGUCAUUAAGAGUCCUUGGUUCUAGAGAUUCUUCUUGAAUAUGGAUUCUUGGAUGUUGGGUUUGAUUGGAGCUGCCUCAUUGCUUGCUCUGAUACUCCUGAUUUUCUUAACUCUACAUCUUAUUCUGGUCACAAGAUUAUUCAAUGGCAGAAAGGUCUCCCUUUUCGAUAAACAGUUCCAGGCUCAUCCUAAUGAUGGUCGACUCCCAGUUUAUAGCUUCAAAAAAAUUCACAAGUUCAGUGAAGGAUUCAGUAACAAAGUUGGGGUGGGAUCAACCCACUUAGUGUUUAAGGGGAUAUUGCCUGAUGGAACAGAGAUAGCUAUCAAAAAGCCUAUUCUGGAAGCUCCUCAUAAUUCUGAUGUAGAUGCAUGGUCUAAAUCUCAGCUUGAGCUCUUGUCAUGCAUUUGGCACCAGCAUUUGGUGAACCUCAUUGGAAGUUGUAAGAAUGCUGGUUAUAGAAUAUUAGUCUUCCAAUAUGCAUCAAAUGGGACACUGCAUGAGCAUUUACAUGGACAUGAACACCUGACAUGGAAGCAGAGGAUGAAAAUUAUAGCUGGGGUAGCUUAUGGCCUAUCAUUUCUACACCAUUCCUGUGAUCCUCCUAUAAGUCACGGCAAUCUCACUUCACGUAACAUUCUCCUAACAGAGGAUUAUGCAGCAAAGAUAGGAGGUCUUGGUAAGAUGCCAGUCUUAGGCAGCUCAGAAUUCGUAAUGGCAAGAAAACCAGGUGCUUCUGAGAAGAGGCUAUGCCGUCGAGCCGAUGAUGUAUAUUCAUUUGGGAUUUUGGUACUCGAAAUCGUAUCAGGGAGGCUUGCUUUUAGUGAGAAGACUGGUUUCCUGGUUAAAUGGGCAAUGGACAUUUUGGUGAGCCAAGAGAGGUCAAUGGAGCUGUUAGAUGAGGCGGUUGGUGAUGUGGUGAAGGAGGAGGUUUAUGUGAUUGCAGAGGUGGUGAGGAUGUGCUUGUUGAGAGAGGCAGUGAGAAGACCGUUCAUGAGAGAAGUGGCAGAAAUGUUAAGGAAUGGUUUGGGAAUUACCAUGGAAAUGGCUGCACCAGUGAGCAGUCCCGUGAGUCUAAGAGGCUUAUUUGACAUAUUGUAAAAAGAAGAAAAGCCAAUUCCACCCUGCCCGUCCCCCCCCCUCCUUCUGUCUUUAUAUAUACAUUAUUCUCUUUGUUUCAUUACUUCAUUGUAACCUCAAAAUGGUGGACCCCCCU